AUGCCGUUAGUGUGGUAUUGGCAUACCGUUGGUGAGAAGUUAUCAUGCUGGCUCUCCUCGCAAUGUUUGGCUUCAUCUCGCGAUGCAACUUUAGCAUCUCGGCCACUUCUCCUUGCAGAUAAUGGGUCGGAACUAAGAUACCGUAGAGAUGGCCACAUUACCUUAGACACCAGCUUGUUUCUCAAGGAUUCGCCGUAUUUUGAGCUGCCAGUACAGAACGUGACGUCACAGGUGGGCCGCACCGCCAAGCUCACCUGUGUUGUGGAGAACCUUGGGCACUACAAGGUGGCGUGGGGCUACAAGGGUACAGGAGCGGUACUGACAGUAGCAACGCAGGUCAUUACGAACAACCCUCGUAUCUCGAUCCAGCGGGAGCAGCGGUCCACGUGGGUGUUGACCAUUGCUAACGUCACCAUGCACGACCAAGGUCACUACUGGUGUCAGGUCAACACUUCCCCACCGCGAUCCAUCUCGGGAUUCCUCGCUGUUGUGGAGCCACCGGUGCUAGAUGGAGGGGAUGAACAGGUGACGGUCAACAGAGGCGCAGCGGCCAACCUCACCUGUCGAGCUCACGGCACGCCAACACCAACAGUCAGGUGGAUCAGAGAGGACUAUGACAGUAUUAGGAUCAGCGACGCCCACUUUGUGUCGGACUACGUCGGGAGCACUCUACUCCUGCAGGAGGUCAAUCAACGCAGCGCUGGUGGUUACCUGUGCAUCGCUAGCAACGGCCAUCCACCCUCCAUCAGCAAACGGGUGAUUGUUAAUGUCAACUACGGCCCCGAGGUCAAGGGCCCUAAGCCAACCACGUGGGCAUCCAUGGGGUCGACAGUGAGCCUCACGUGUCUCUUCACCGCUCAUCCUACUCCUAGAGUGGUGUGGAUGAGAGAAAAUUUUCUUGGAUCGCAGAUGUUGAAUGAUGAAUACUUCACCGUCACUCCUCAGGAUGGUCACCCGCCUUAUACGCACAACAUGACACUUAAGAUGAGAAACUUAGUGCCCUCAGAUUUUGGGAUCUACACCUGUAUCGUGAAGAACUUCCUGGGGGAGGCUCAGGCUACCACUAUCCUGAGAGAGGUAGCGACGACUCUGCCCCCAACAACCACCACUACCACCACCACUACCACCACUACCACCACUACCACAGUCCCGCCGCCGCCACCAUUGGUGUACGGGGACUACGAUGACAACGCCAAGAAUCUGACGGCGCCACUGUUAGUCAACACAUCUCCAGAUAUCUCCAAGGGUUACGAAACAAGAGCCACAUGCGAGGCAGGUGUCAUGGCUCUGCUGUUAAGUCAACAUCUGUGGCUUCGAGAUUUGUUCCUCUAGCUGACCAUCUGAUCAGCGUCGCCUAGAGACUCCCUCAUCGUUCAUCCAUUCCUUCACCACAGCGGAAAAAAAUCCUUCAGAGGCGACAGGACAUAUGGCCAUCAGAAUCAGGACAUUGAAGUCGUAUCACCUCACCUCUCUCACUCCAAAGGAAAGGAUACUUAUCACAGUGUUAUUAUCUAUAAGACAGUGUAAGUCUAGAGCCUCUACAGAGUCUGGGUUGGUAUCCAGUAACCUCAUGAUAUCAGAUAUGUUAUCAAGACAUCGGAACCGCAGUAAAAACCCACACAGAUUCCUCUCAAAGUAUGUUUAUGACAACAGACCAUUUCCAAACGUCGCCUGACGACUCAGAUAAUCCGUAAUCACUGACCUGAGAAUUAACAACGAAAAUCCUGGGUGUUGAGAAAAUACAAUAUAUUGGGCAGACUUGUACUCCAGCUACGUAUAUGACCAGAACACUCUCAGUUACGUGAUGUAACAGAGCUGAUACAGACAGCAGGAAAAAAACUGUUUAUUUGUGACGUUCGUGGAGGCUGCUCAUCGUAUGCUCAUCUUGAGAAUAUUUGCUAGUUUAUGUACGAAUUUGGGUCAUUUAUGCCAAGCAUAUGAUAACUCUGGUCUGUGUUAAUAAUGCCGGCCUUCACACCCCUCAUCAGACCCAGGAUGAUUCAUUAGUUGGAUGAUAUCUAAAUCGUUGUUGUGCAUGUGUUGAUGAAUUCAGGUUUUGAUGAUGAUGGGCAGCAUAUUCGUCGGUUCGAGACCCAUUAACUGGUACUAAAACAUUCGUGUGGAUGAGUAUGACUAUUAUAACUCGCACUAAAUAGUCUUGUUAAAUAUUGGCAGUUUAUUUGAGUCAUCUUUAACACCAAAAUCAUAAAACCUGUGAUUAAAAUCUCUAUUUUUUAUUAUUAAAGGGAAUUAGGAAAAGUUUGUGAAAAAUAAAAGUUUGCAUUAUGUAAAGGUAAGUAAUAAUUUCACAUUAAUUUGUGUUAAUUUAAAUAUGUCUAAUAUGUUUUCUUCCUUCGUAUUCUUUUCACCAUGAAUCCCUUGGUAUAAUCCCUGGGUAUAAUCCCCGGGUAUAAUCUCCGGGUAUAAUCCCCGGAUAUAAUCCCCGGGUAUAUUCCCAGGGGUAUAAUAAUCUUUAUCUCUUCUUGUCAGACUGUGUCCGUUUCCCUGUCGGUUCUAUAUCGUUUGUAUACCUCUCUCUUUCUCUCUCUCUCUCUCUCUCUCUCUCUCUCUCUCUCUCUCUCUCUCUCU